GAAGUUGGAUAACUUAGUUUUGUCUUCACACUGUCUCAAUAACUUAGUUCAACAAAUUUUCAAACUAGAAAAGUAAAAGAGACACCGUAGCGCUUUAUUCGCAAACAAACCGCCGUAAUCCCAAUCUUCACCGGAAAAACAACCGGAACUACGCCGGCGAAGAACAACCGUAUUCCAGAAAUCUCCGAUUUGGUUUCCGUUUCCUCCAAAACCGUUCGAACCAGCUUGCCAGGAGCUCAAUAGUCACGUGCACUGCGUGCGGGGAGAUGGAUAGUUCUAGACCGUUAAGACAGAGAAGUGUGAGCCGUUGUGGUAGUUUUGGAGAUUCGGUGGUUACAGCCGUUGAUGAUGGUGCAGAGAAGGAAGGUAGUUCAGCAGAGGCUGUAGAGCCGUCGGAAAUGAAGCGCGUCUUGACGGAAGAAUCAAUUUUGAAGAAAUCACCUCUAACAUACUUCUUGGAGAAAGUUUCCAAUGGAAAUUCUUUAUGGAACACAACAACUCUUGGGAAUGAAAAAGGAAGAGAACGAGUUUAUGACACCAUCUUCCGCGUCCCAUGGAGAUGUGAAUUGCUUAUAGAUGUUGGCUGCUUUGUCUGCUUCAAUUCAUUUCUAUCAUUGUUAACUAUCGUGCCAGCAAGGGUUGUAAUGACCUUUUGGAAGCUUCUGAGAACAAGGAAGUUCAAGAGGCUGUCCACAAUCGAGUUGUCGGACUUUGGCUGUUUUAUAAUUGUGGCUUGUGGAAUCACCGUUUUGCAGCAAAUAGAUAUCAGCUUAAUAUAUCACAUAAUCCGUGGUCAAGCAACAAUCAAAUUGUAUGUGAUCUACAAUGUAUUAGAGAUAUUUGAUAAAUUAUGUCAAAGUUUUAACGGGGAUGUGUUGCAAAUGUUAUUUCAUUCUGCUGAAGGACUUGCAAGGUGUCCUCCUGAAACGCAAAGCAUGAGAUUCUGGAUAUGGAGAUUUAUUUCUGACCAAGUUUUAGCUGUUGUUACAACUAUUGUUCAUUCUUUUAUUUUAUUAGCUCAGGCAAUCACUUUAUCAGCAUGCAUUGUUGCUCACUACAAUGCACUACCAGCUUUGCUGGUGUCAAAUAAUUUUUCUGAGAUCAAAAGCUAUGUGUUUAAGGGAUUCAAGAAGGAUAAUGUCCACAGUAUGAUGUACUUUGAUUCUAUAGAGAGAUUCCACAUCUCAACAUUUAUCUUAUUCGUUUUGGCUCAAAAUAUUCUGGAGGCAGAAGGCCCCUGGUUUCAAGGCUUUCUCAUUAAUGCGCUUUCAGUUUACCUAUGUGAAGUGGCUAUUGAUAUAAUCAAGCAUUCAUUCAUUGCCAAAUUCAAUGACAUAACUCCCACUGCAUACUCUGAGUUCCUCGAAGCUUUAUGUAAACAGACUCUACAUAUGCAAAGUGAGGACGCAAAGAAAAAUUUGAAAUUUGUCCCUCUUGCUCCAGCGUGUGUGAUCAUUCGAGUUAUGGCUCCAGUAUACGCUGCCAAUCUUCCUUACAAUCCCCUUCCGUGGAAACUUUUCUGGAUUAUGCUAUUUUCAGCAAUAACCUACAUUUUACUCACAAGCCUCAAAAUUCUAAUUGGCUUGGUUCUGAAUAAACAUGCCACUUGGUAUGUUAACCGCUGUGAAAGGAGGAAGCAUCAUCUUCAUGCAGAUUAGAUUAAUUCAGGGACCUACUAACAUGAUGCACUUUGAUAUUUAAAGAUUCCUUUGUUUGUGUCUGAAGCUUACAAACGGAAAUAACUUCAUAAGAUAGCGAAUUGACUUAGGGGUCAUCAUCAGCACUUGGCAAGUAUAUGUAAACAACUUGAAGUUCGUCCAGAAGGUUUUUGAAUUUGCAGAUGAGCCAAAGCUUAGUGGGUGGUAGUUCCUCCUUUGCAGUAGAGUUUUUACAAAAUGAGGAAAUGAAGUUAGUGUUGUGCAUUAUUGAUAGCACCCAUUUGGACUUCCAACACCAAGAAAUUACAUAAACUUAUAGUUUGUAUGUUGUAUUAUUUAUGACUAUAAUCAUGCUAGAAUUCUUUGAACAUGAAGUAUGUGGAAUAUAUGACAAAUUGAGAAGAAAGACACUGUUUCCUUUUGGGGGAAUGUAUGUUUGGUGGCAUGGCAUGGUCUCAAAGCUCUUUACUUGGUGAUGGGGCCAAUGGCCUGAGCUCUUUAUUGUUGGAAUAACUAAGGUACAUAAUAAUAACUAAGGUACAUAAUUUGUGU